AUGUCCAAGUAUUGGAUAAGUAGCUAAUUAAAAAAUAAAUCAACUGCCAGAUUAAACUUCCUACCAAAAUCUAGUUAAGCUUAUGUGAAGAUUGUGAAACGCCAACGAUGACUUUAUUCGUCAGAUAAGAGGCAAGUAGCUUAGGACUUUACCGGGACAUUGUGAAAUAGGCCCUAAGAGUAUGGUUUAUAAGUAAACUCUCUGAAAAUAAGUUGUUUUUUUUUUGUCAAAAGUUAUUUUCUUUUUACAGGUACUUUAAUCAACAGAAGAAGGAAGCACUGAACCUCGGCGCACACUGGCUCGACUACAAUCAUGUGGGCGCGAGUGUGGAUGGCGCUGACCAUAUCCGGCGCGUACUCGCAGACUACGCACACGAAAAUUGAGCAGAACGGUGUUGGCUAUGAGUGGGGCUGGCAUCUGACGCCGCAGGGAGACGGCACCGUGGGACACUACUAUGUCAAAUUGCCGCAGAAUGAGCAAGAGGUUCGCUACGUUGCCGACAACACCGGGUACCACGGUGCUGUGUCCGUGAACACGGGAACACAUACCGCCAGCAUAGCGCUGGGGGAGCGCGCGCUACAAUUCUCAAAUACGCAGCUACCACUAACAACACAGCUGUACCAAGUAUCACCCUCCAACGACAACCAAACACAAGAACCCGCCACUCCUGCGCAGCCCGUCGAGAUAUAUCUCCUGCAACAGCAGUUCUCGUCUGGCGACCAACAAUUUCCACAAGCAAAUGUCCAGUACACAAUACCCAACUACUACUACAACAACAAUGUAGCUACCCCCGCCUACUACAACAUACAAACUCUACAUCCUAUUCAACUAAACGAACAAAUUAGUGAUAAAGUAACGAAUUUCGAGACGAAGCAAAGUGCAGAGCGCUCGAAACCUCUUCAAACCAAAGAGGAUAAUGCUGAGCAAGAUCAUGAACAUCUCACAACCAACAUUGUCCAGGUGUUCAAAGAUCAUAAUUGCACUAACGAAGAAGAAAUACCCGAGGAACACAAGGACAACUCACAAAAACCUACUCGUGUCUAUGUUGAAACUCCUACGUAUGACAUUCGUAACAUUAAUGGAAAUUACGGCAUCAGAAAUACUGAGAGACCGUUGACUUAUCGAGGAGCUGUUCAUUUUAAAGUUGAGGCCCCUCGAGGCAAUGCAAGGAGUGAAAGGUAUUAUUACAAUGAAGUAGCAUCUACAACUAUUCGUAGUGUGACAACAGAAGAUGAUCAGAUUUCUAGACUAGUUGCUUCGACACAGGAUAUAAUAUCGAAUGAAGACCUGCUCAAAAUAAAUUACGCUGCUGAAAACCAGACAAAUGUGCAUAAUGAUGACAUUAUCAAACCAAAACCACGAUUCAGUUUAAAAGCAGAACAAACUAGAUAUGACCACUAUUCUACUGUAUCACCAAAUACUCAAAGAAACAGAAUCACUGAAGACACUCGAUAUGACCACUACUCCACUGUAGCAUCGAAUACUCCAAUAAACAAAAUCACUGAAGAUACUCGGUAUGACCACUACUCCACUGUAGCACCAAAUACUCCAACUCGAUAUGACCACUAUUCUACUGCCCGGCCAAAUAGUCCAAGAAAAACAAUCGCUGAACAAACUCAAUAUGACAACUAUUCUAAUGUGCCAUCUUAUAGUCCAAGAAAUAGAAUUACAGUCAAAGCUAAAAUACAAAACAUUGUUGACAGUGAAAUAGAACACUUAGAGAAUGACCAGAAGAAUGAGGAUGUUCUGAAAACAAAUGCAAAUCAAUACACGUUUGCAUCGCCUAUAGUUGUUCAGGAUUCAAAUUAUGACAAUUUCAAAGACCAAAUUGUUAACAAUUUAGUUUCAACUAUGGUUCCGUACUUGCAAGAAGGCUAUGAAAUUGUUGGAGUGAGAAACAGUCUUGAUGAGAAUUUAACGAAUAGUGCAGACAGUGAAGACAGACAAUCUUCUUCCGAAGACCUAGUCAAUGUAACGCCAAGACCUGUAAGUCAGAAGUAUCUUGCUCCUAUCACUGUUGCUUUAAGACUUUACAAUGCGAAUGACUCUGGAAUAUUCAAUACUGUGGAUGAUCAUGAAGUUUCAGAUAGCGAAGUCGUAACAGACAUUGUGAAAAGCCCUCAUAGAGAAAAAACCGUUGUUGAAAUUCAGCAAUCCAUUCCUUUGAGCAUUACACACAUAAAUGAUGUUGAAGUCCAUGAGUAUUUAGAUGAAGGGAGAAGUAACGACAAGGGGCCUUUAGAUUUAGCAAAGUCUUUAUAUCAUAGAUACGUUGACGCUUUGAGGUCUAAGGACUCGUAUGGACAGAAGAACAACCGAAAUAAUGCUAAUUCAAUUACUGAUCAGAAUGAUUCCAGAGAACAAUUAGAACCAAGUGAAAAUAUCCAGACAGAAGUUGAGAUCAGACCAAAUGGUGACAGUAAUGAGAGGAAUGAAUAUGCGAGGCCUUAUGAAUACACUUAUAGCGUAGAUCAAGAUCACCCAAUUAUUCAACCCAUCAUUAUUGAAAAGGAAGUACCGGUCACUAAAUUCGUUGACAGAUAUAUAGAGAAAGAAGUACCUUAUCCAGAAAAAGUGGAAGUUGUAAAACAUGUGCCGGUAGAUAGACCAGUUGCUGUACCAGUACCAUAUGAGAAAAUCGUUGACAGACCAGUUGAAGUCACCCGUUUCGUCGAUAAGCCUUACCCAGUAGAAGUACCGCAUUUAUAUCCGGUACAGGUACCCUAUCCGGUGGAACACAAAAUCUAUGUCGACCGACCGGUACACGUGCCUUAUCCUGUAGAAAAGGUUGUUGAAAAGCAAGUCGUUCAUCAAGUCCCUGUACCGACCCCUGUAGCCGUGCCAGUAGGAGUACCCGUCGAAAAAAAAGUUUUGUACCCUAUCCCAAUAGAACACCGGGUCCCAUAUCCUGUUACGGUAGAAAAACCAGUAACUGUUGAGAAAAUAGUGCACAAAGAAGUACCGGUUCCAUAUGAAGUUGAAAAACGGGUACCCUACCCGGUACAUUACGAAACUAAAGUUCCUGUCCCUUAUCCGGUGGAAAAGAGAAUACCAGUUCCGGUUGACAGGGUUGUCGAGAAACCGGUAACAGUUACGAAAUAUGUAGAGAAACCGGUACAUAUCGAAGUACCCGUGCCACAGCCAGUACCGGUUGCGGUACAUGUUCCUCAACCUUAUCCGGUUGACAGAAUUGUAGAGAGAAAAGUACCUUACCCGGUCCCAGUUGAUAGGAUUGUUGAGAAAAAAGUACCAGUUCAAGUCCCGUACGCUGUUGAAAAGGUGGUAGAGAAAAUUGUCGAAAAGCCUGUAGUUGUAACUAAAUAUGUUGACAAGCCUUAUCCAGUAGAAAAGCGCGUGCCGUAUCCAGUUGAAAAAAUUGUGGAGAAAAAGGUGCCUUACCCGGUCGAAGUGCCGGUCCACGUCAAGGUUCCUUACCCGGUGGAAAAGAAGGUUGAAAGGCCGGUAUACGUGCCUAUUAGAGUACCAUAUCACUUUGAAAAGCCACAGGAUUACUACACCUAUGCAUACCCGCACGGCGCUGAGCAGACACAAAAUGUACCCAGAUAUCAGCAGUUUGUCGAACAACGCAAGCAAGCGACUCCAGCGUCAAAUUUAAAUCUUAACGAAAUACAACACAAUUUCGACCAAAAGGCCCAACAGUCGUACGCUGCGCAAUACAACCAAUAUGUUAAAGAUUUAAAAGACAGAAAGCCUGCUUCUUCUGUGCAGACAACACACUGGGGGAAUCUGUAUGCGUCGUCAUACCAGUAUAUCAAUAAUACACCCAAGUUUGAAAUCCAAAAGAACCCAGCACUCUCUAACUACAUUCACUAUUUAACCAAUAACAAUAACAAGCAAAAUGACUACUAUGGUCCGCCGCCGGUAGUUCGCAAUGAACACCAUUGGGGACAACAGAAUAAUAACUAUUUCGUACCAAAUACGGAACAGUUAAAAUUGCGAAGAGCCGACAGAACGCCAAAGGUAUCGAAUUUAAGGAUAGAAUAUGGGUUUAAACCACCACUGAUCCCUAGCACUGAAAUUGAUUUAGAUGGUAUGCCAGUUAAGAAAGAUGAUUAAUCUCUGAAAUAUAAAUAUUACCCAAUAUCAUCGCUAGAGGAAAAUUUAACCAAAUAAGUUCUGCUGACGUGAUAUGAUAACAGUUUAGAUCUGUUAUAUUCAUAAAUAUCUUGCCUCACACCAACCUAGUAAAGUUUAUAUGGUAGGUACUUACAGGAGGUAGUCUGUGCGUAAAGACCACACAGACUAUUCGUUUACAAAUUUACAUUGUCCCACGCCGUUUUCUUAAAGUACCGAUGAAUUUUGUAAAAAUAAGUCAAAUUAUAAAUACAGGUUUUGCUGAAUUUAGGUUGAACUAUAUCAAGCCCACUCUUGUCUUGGAGCUAUCGAUAAAUGUAUGAUAAUUUUCAAACAAUUUUCUUAAACUUUGUUUCGUAGGAUCAGUUACAAAUAUGAUGACCGAUGGCAUCACGAAAUGCGUUUGCAGUAUAUAGGUACAGAUUGUUUGCCGGGAAGAAUUUGGAUGGCGUCCAUAUAAUUUGUGAUACAAUUGAGAGGCUCAGACGUAGUAUUAUACCUUAUUAUUGUUAGUUUUGUAAAUAGUUUAAUUUGUAUAUCUACUUAACCUAUAAAAUUGUUACUUGUUGUAUUUUAAACGAACGAAAUGUUCAAAUUUGUUUUUAUAUUUGAGAGAUACGAUUGUGUGUUCAGAGUUAUAAACAAUACUCAAUUAUUGUAAUUAUUAUUCAAGUCAUUUACUAACUUAUUCAAUAUUAGUUAUAAGUUAUUAUAUUGUAAUAAAGAAAUGUAAAUAGGGAGGGAAGGGAGGGGUUUUGUUUUAACUUAUUUUCAUUAAACGGUUAUACUUUUUCCAAAUUAUUUUCAUUUAACCCUCCUUUACAGAUUAAUCACUUCUGGACUGCAAACAAACCCGUACUUCAAUUAACAGCUAUGUAGAUGGCGCAAUACGGCUCCGUACAUUUUUUAUACUACGUCGGUGGCAAACAAGCAUUCGACCCGCCUGAUGGUAAGCAGUCUCCGUAGCCUAUGG